AUGGAUGAACAUGCAACCCCUCUUUUGUCCAAGGAGUCUUCAUCAUCAUCAUCAUCAUCAUCAUCAAUGGUUGUUUCCUCGUUGAAAUGGGUUUUGAAAGUUGUAAUGUCUGUGAUCUUCGUCGCUUGGGUUGUUUUCCUUAUGAUGUACCCUGGAAAACUCGGCGAUGGAGUUCUAACAAAAUGGAGAGAAGUCUCUUCCAAAACUCUCUUUGGCACCACAGGUUUUUACAACAUUUCUUCGUUUUCUCCGGAAAAAAAAAAGUCCCAAAUUGUAACUAAUUUCAUUUUCAACCCUUCGAUUUCGCGAAUUGCAGGAAGCAUGUUCUUGAUAUUCAGUGGUCCGAUUCUUGUUAUCUCCGUCCUAGCUUCCCUCUAUCUGAUCAUCUCUGGGGAAGAGAAGAUUUUCACUAAGAAGAAGAUACCCAAAUUCCCAAGGUUUAGGCUAUGGACAUUUCCUAUUCUUGUGGAUGGACCAUUUGGAGUUGUUUCUGCAGCUGAGUUUCUUGGAAUUAUGAUAUUCUCUGUCUUCUUCCUCUGGGCUAUCUAUGCUUUUACCAUGAGGGAUCUUGACCUUCUUGAAUUCUUUCAUGUGCUUCCCAAAGACAGAAGCAUUAUUCUGUUGGAGGUAACAGCGCUGCGUUUUGGAAUGAUUGGACUAUUGUGUAUGGUGUUUUUGUUUCUUCCAAUCUCGAGAGGCUCCAUUCUCCUCCGUCUUAUAGAUAUCCCUUUCGAGCAUGCUACAAGAUACCAUGUUUGGCUUGGUCAUAUCACCAUGGCUUUCUUCUCAUUACAUGGCCUCUUUUAUGUUGUUGGAUGGACGAUGCAAGGUCAAUUUAUAAAGCUUAUAUUUGAGUGGAAAGCCAAUGGAAUCGCUGUGUUACCUGGAGUUAUCAGUCUAGUAGCUGGUUUACUGAUGUGGGUCACGUCGCUUCACUACAUGAGAAAGCAUUACUUUGAGCUCUUCUUCUACACCCAUCAACUAUACGUUGUCUUUGUUGUCUUCUUGGCACUUCACGUUGGUGACUACAUAUUCAGCAUAGUUGCUGGAGGAAUAUUCCUUUUCAUUCUUGACCGUUUCUUGAGGUUUUGCCAAUCAAGAAGGACUGUAGAUGUAAUCUCUGCAAAGAGUUUACCGUGUGGAACUCUCGAACUCGUCCUUUCGAAACCACCGAAUAUGAGAUAUAAUGCACUGAGUUUUGUCUUUCUCCAAGUGAGAGAACUAUCAUGGCUUCAAUGGCAUCCUUUCAGUGUUUCAUCAAGUCCUCUAGAUGGGAACCAUCAUGUUGCAGUUCUCAUAAAGGUUCUUGGUGAAUGGACUGCAAAGCUCAGGGACCAGUUGUCAAAGCUAUACGAGGCAGAGAAUCAAGAUCAGCUUCUUUCUCCUCAGUCAUUUCCCAAAAUCACAACUUGUGUGGAGGGUCCUUAUGGCCAUGAAUCUCCAUACCAUUUGGGGUACGAGAACCUGGUCUUAGUAGCAGGAGGAAUCGGGAUAUCGCCUUUUUUCGCCAUCUUAAGUGAUAUCUUACACAGUAAAAGAGAUGGGAAAGCUUGUUUACCGAAGAAGGUUUUAGUUAUAUGGGCAAUAAAAAACUCAGACGAGCUCUCUCUGCUCUCAGCGAUUGAUAUACCUUCCAGUUGUCCUUCCUUCUCUCACAAACUAAACCUUGAGAUUAACAUCUAUGUCACACGACAAUCUGAGCCUCUCUUGGAAGAUGGAGUGGUUCACAAGAUGGUGAAUCCUUCUGUGAAGCUACGGACUAACGGGUGUCCCAUGUCGGUUUUAGUUGGUACAGGGGAUAAUAUAUGGUCGGGACUCUAUCUAGUUGCAUCCACCAUUGGGUUUAUUUCAAUGAUCACAUUGUUGGACAUCUUUUACAUAAACAAAUUCAAAAUAACGGCGUGGUGGUACAAGGGACUUUUGUUUGUGGUUUGUAUGGUUGCAAGUGUGUUGAUUUGUGGUGGUUCUGUGGUUGUUUUCUGGAAUUUUUGGGGUAAAAAAACCGGUAAAGUAGAAGCAAAUGGCCACAAUUAUUUGAACUUGAACGGAGAAGAACCUAAUGCUCCAUCUGCAGAACUUAAAGGCCUUGACUCUGAAGAAGAUAUUCAGAAUUUCAUCACUACUCGUUAUGGCACGAGACCAGACUUUAAAGAGAUAUUUGAGUCGUUGAAUGGGAAAUGGGGUAGUGUGGAUGUGGGAGUUAUUGUAUGCGGACCCGCGAGCCUUCAGUCGACCGUUGCUAAAGAAAUUCGGUCACAUAGCAUCUGGCGAUCUGCAAAUCAUCCCCUUUUCCACUUCAAUAGCCACAGUUUCGAUCUGUAA